UAUUAUUCUUUAUUAAAUAAGCAUACAAACAUUUUGAGACAGCCAUUGAAGCUUUUAUAAUUUUUGCAUGUCAUAAUUUCUUGUCAAAAUUCUUAGUAGUUUGAGUAACAAAAAUCAAACCCAUAAACGGUGAAAAUUAUUAAAAUCAAAAGCACAAGUGAACCAAUAAACACUUCACAAUGUCUAACGAAUCGUACAUAAAAUGGUGGAUAGAUACAAAGAAAAGGUAUAAUAACUUAAUUGAGCAGGAUAAUGUCAUAACAAAAUCAGCAAAAGAUAUAAAGAAAAGAAACCUCGCCAAUAAACUGGUUGGUGGUGUUUACAUAAAAUACUGCCUUCUAGUCCAAGAAAUAGACGCGUGUGCUGAUCAGUUGCUUCAACCACAGCAGAUGUUCACCAUUCGUAAGAUGUUGGAUGCAGCAAUUAUGAGACUAAAAGAGUUAAAGGAUUUACUCGUAGACAUUGAUAUUUCGGAAUAUCACUAUUUCGACGACACGUUAAUCGAAAUGAAAUUAGUGCCAUCUGAAAUUGAAAUCUUGCAUCCAUACAUGUGUUUUCCACACGAUCCUAACAUGGAAGCCUUGUUUAAAAAACUACAAGACGGUGAAAGAAUCUAUGAACCGCCUCCGCCUCCACCACCCGCGGACGCUGAAACUGGCACUCAGACAGAUGAAGCCGUAAUUGAAGGAACAGAACUUCCUCCGCCGGAAGCUCAAGCUGAAGAAGUGAAGCAACCAGAGCAAUCAGAACAGGCUGAAGUAAAGCAACCAGAAGAAGGAGAGGAAGGCAAAAAGAAAAGAAGGCAGAAGAAAGAGAAACCAAAACCUUUCGUUCCACCGGAACCAGUGUUAACGGAAGAAGAGAAGGCAGCUUUAGCAAGAGCAAAAAUGGUAACGGAAGCUGUCCAAAUACUUCAGACUGCUGAAAGAGGUCGUCAGACGCGUCUGUAUGUAAACGAAUUAGAUAUGCUAAAACGAUUAAGAGAGGCACAAAAAGAAAAGAAAAAGGAAGCUGAACCAGAUCCAGAAUUUCUAGACGCAGCCGCGACAACCAUUCAAAAAGUAUGGAGAUCGCAUAAAGUAAGAAAAGUACUUAAAAGGAGAGAAGAGGAGAGGCAACUACUCAUAGGAAUGACUGAACCAUCGUGGAGAUCUAAAGAAUACAAGAUUAAAUUAGAAAAAACGAGAGCAGACAGAAGAGCUGUUCGUGUGGAGCAUUAUAAAAAUUAUAUCCAAGCGAUUGUUGAUGAGAGAGACAGGAUACUUAGAGUGGUUGCUCCAGGUCUAUUUGAGGACAUAGGCGAUGAAAUACGAGCGUGGUUUCAUUUCUGGUAUGAUGAAAUCAAAAUGUUCGACAAAUACCCUCCUGAAAAGGUAGGAGGGUCGAUUGUUAUUGUAAAAGGUGAAACCAUGACACCAAAGGAGUUCUUAGACGACGUCGAAAAAAAAAGGAGGGAAAAGACCAAAGCGGGCGAUAAAGCGAAACUAAAGGCAAAGGAGAAACAGGAGAAACUCAAACGGAAAGCAGAAGAGAAGAAGAAAAAGGAACAAGAGAAAAAGAAAAAGAAGCAAAAGGCCGAAGCAAGGCGUCGAGCGCAAAUGAGACCUAUGGAUUUCAAAUUUAAGUUUGAAAAGAUGGGGGUGGAACAACGUUUUAAGGAUAGCAUCGGGGAAUGGAAAGAGUUAUGGGAUCCACGACCGUUCGAAGAAAAUCCAGAGCAGAUUCACUACAUGGAUAUAAUCACAGACGAGAAAUGUUAUGAAGUGCAAUUGGAAGUUCGCCAAAACGUGGAUGAAAUGAUGAGGUUAGAAUUAGAACUACUAAAACAGGCUUGGUGUAAAGAUAAAAAGAAAAAGUAUAAAGCACCUAAAAACAAAAAAGGAAAAGGGAAGAAAGGAAAGAAAGGGAAGAAAGGCGCUCGAACAAUUGAAGAUAUGUUUCAAGAACUUUGGGACAAUGGAAUCAUCCGUUUGUAUCCCCAACAAAGUUUAGAAGAUUUCAAAGGGGACUUUAGUUACAAAAAUUGGGAUCUGCGACAGAUGGAUUACGAUCCACCUCCUUGUAUGGCCGAAGUAAGACACCUUAUUGCUUUACACUGUAUCCUUCCUCUUGGUCUUGAAUAUUUUGAGAGGCCACUGGAAAAUGAUGAAAUGAUUCGACCAAAGUCUGUUCUAAUAAUUGGUCCUAGGAAGUGUGGAAAACAUCUGCUAGCAAACGCCAUCUUUAAUCAUACACAGUGUGUUCUUUUUGACCUUUCCGCUCCUAUAUUAGCAGGCAAAUACGAAGGUAAAGAUUUCAAGAAGAAAUUUCCUCAAACUCUUCUAGCCGUUGCACGUGCAGUCUCACCUAGCAUCCUUUUCAUUGAUGGUGGGGAGAAGCCAUUCUAUAAAAAGGUACCUAAGCCAGAGAGAGAAUUUGAGCCUAAGAAAUUAGGAAAAAUUUUAACAAAACAAAUAGUUAAAGCUAUUACGCCACAAGAUAGAGUUUUAGUACUUGGUAUUACUAAUCAACCAUGGGCCGGAGGAGCGCCCAAGAUAAAGAAAACCUAUGAAAAAUUCAUUUUUAUUCCACGAACUGAUUACAACAACGUCUUUAUGUACUGGAGAAGUUUUCUGAUGCCUUACCAUGGAGUCGACCGUAAUAUCGAUUUAUCCUGCUUAACAUUAUCAUCACUAUAUUAUCCUUAUCCGGAAAUAAAGGAAGCUGUUGAAAAGACGUUAGUACCCGCCAGAAUUGUUCAACUUAGUUAUAAGCCUUUGGAGCAAAUUGAGUUACUGGAGUCAUUAUGGUCAAUAGCCCCCGAACCAGUAAACGACAAAGAAUGGAAAAAGUUCCAAAAAGUAUUUAACAAAACACUUAUUGGUAAGAUAAGGAUCAUAUUCAAUAAGGAGGCUGAAAAAAUAAGAGAACAGGAGAAAAAGAAGAAGGAGAAAGCUAAACAAGGAAAGAAGUAGUCAGUCUGAUACUCGCUUUUAUCCAUUUCCACAAUAAGGAACUUAAAUGAAUUAUCAUGGUGUAGAACGCCAAGGUUUGACCUAAGGAUUUCAGGUAAAUUCCGAAAAUCCAUCAUAGGAUGAUUUCGUGAAGUAGCAAUGAAGAAAAUUGCAUAACACCAUUAUGUUAUAUCGAAUAUAAUGAAUGUGGUUUAUUGUAAAGUCUCGAAAGUAAAGUCUUUGUAAUUAACAGAAUAAAAAUUGAAUACAAUAUA